GGAGCCGCGGCUCCCGGCCUCCCGUUGCUCCUCGUCGAGUGCCCUCUGCCGGACGUCUCGGAUCAGAACAUGAGGAGAGAUGCCCGAUGCUGCGAGCCCUGAAAAGCCAGAGGUGCAGACGAGCUCCUAAUCCGGAAUCUGGGCCGGGCCGGUGGGCAGGCUAAACUGUGCCUUCUCAGCAGCCUGCCCCUCGAGGCUCCAGCCCCGGUCUGCCACUGGAGUCUUCUCCUCGUCUCAUCUGUCAACUAGCUCCAGAUGGGCCUGGUCUUCCUGGGAGGCUUCUGUUCCCUUAAAACUGUGCUUUGUAGAACACUGAGACCUGAGGAUUCCGGGGUUGAGAUGGAGACAGUGAACAAAGACAGAAAGGGCUGAGUCUAUACCGCACAGGGCAGUGAAGAGACUCCAACUUAACAACUUCCAGCAGCGAGGAACUCAUUCCAUGGAAAGUAGCUGGCCUGCUGUGGCUUAGAAGGGGAAAGUCUCCGAGAUCCUCCAGCUGAUGCCACUGUCUUGGGAAUCUUGCUGUCUCCAGAACAAUGGAAAACAGAAAUACCCAGACACACCCAGAGAACAAGGAGGAGGCUCCAGCAGUCCAAUCAAGUACUGGCCUGAGUUCCACCAAAAAGAAGACUGAUUUGGAGCCCACUGUGUCAGUCACUCAGGCUGGGCUUGCGGAUGCCAAGGAAAAUGACAGCAGAAAGCAUCCUGUAGUUCCCAGUGGAUCAGAGAGAGAGCUCAGACACAGAAGAUCAUCCCACGAGGGGUCAGGGGAGCCUGAAACCCGGGAGCAGAGGCCCUUCUCAAGAGCAGAGAAUCAGUCAUCUUUGGCAACAAAGGAAGGGCCAAGGGAUCUGCAAGCUGGCCAGGCACAAGCCCAGCCUGGUGGGGAGUGUGUGACCUCUGAAGAGCAGCCCUGGCCAACCAAGGAUCAACAGGAGAGAUGGCAGAGCGCCGAGGCCAAAAACAUUCAUCCCACUGAGAGCUACCAGACUCUGGCUCUCCCCACUCAGGGAAACACAGAUCAUCGUGUGGAAAAACCAUGCACCUCGGACAGCAAGAGUCAGCCACCUAAGGGUGACCACCCCCCUGAAGCACACCUACUACAGGUCAAGCUGCAGGAGCCCAUGCCAACGCCCAGCUCACGGACACACAAGGACAGCCUCCACGUGGCAGUGGCUCCCAAACCCAAGGCAACUGUAGAGGAAAAGAAGGCCCCUCCCACCUUGCCAACUGCACCAGGACCUCGAACACACAAAGAGGGAGGUGAAGCUGCGGAGACCAAGGCAGCAGCAAGGCCUCUUUCUUCACCAGAGGAAAGAGACAUAGAGAAGAAGGAGCUGGGCCAAGGGCAGAAGCAGCGGCAGGCUUUGGCAGCCAUAGGCACCCAGGGCCCUGGGAACUCCCGUCGGGGCUUCAUGAAGUGUCUACUGGAGGUGGAGGAACAGGAGGAAGCCACCCAUCGGAGGACUUUGAAAACCCGGACCCUGACAACCCGGAGGUCCCCCAGGACGCUGACUUCUGUCUCUACCCCAGGCCCCAUCAGCAGCUCAGUCCCAACCUUGCCUCUGACCCUGCUUGAGAUGUCCACCUCAGCUCCAUCUACUGUCCCAGUGUGGGUCAGACCACCGGCCCCUGGGCAAGCCCCAGCCUCUGUGGGGUCCCCUAGCUCAGUCCUGUCAGCUCCCACCCAGGACCUGAACUGGAGAUGGCCAGAGUUCUUGCCCCAGAGCAGCGAGAGAAGCCUGAACUAUGCCAAGACACGGCAGGAGUCAGAAGAGCAUGGCCUCUUCAAACUGUAUCAGAACUGGGAGGAGCGGUCUGAGGAGCACCUCACCUUGAAGCAAGAGGAAGCCUUCCGCAGCUACUUUGAGAUCUUUAAUGGCCCUGGCGAGGUGGAUGCUCGGAGCCUCAAGAACAUCAUGCUCCUAAUCGGCUUCAACCUUACUCCCAGCCAGGUAGAAGAAGCCCUGAUGAGUGCCGACGUCAACGGAGAUGGUCAUGUGGAUUUCAAAGACUUCUUGGCAGUGAUGACAGACACCAAGCGCUUCUUCUGCUCUGUGGAACAGAAUGUCCUGAUGGAUAUGUCGCCCCCGAACCCCUACACACUGUUCUUUGAGAUCCUCUCUCUGCUGGUGGAAAUGCUGGCCCUGCCGGAGGUGGCCCUAGAAGAGAUCACAAACUACUACCAGAAGAAGCUAAAGGAAGGCACCUCCAAGACCCGAGACACGGAGUCAACGGCGGGCGGGCUGCGAUCGAGGAAGAAGCUUUCUUACAAUUCUCACCAAGUAGAGACCAUAGAGGUCCCAGAACGAAGGGUCCUCAGGAUCCUGAGCCGGCUGAAGCAGCAGAACUAUGCUGCCAACCUACAGAGUCCUUAUGCCCAGGUGCCCUGCAUCCCACUCUGCCCGAGGCUGGAGAAGAAGGUGGUCCGUCGAAAGCAGGGUAGCCAUAACCAUCCUGUGCUGGAUCAGUGUGUCUCUACAAGCCUGGGCCCUGACCUCCAUAGCCUCUUUUUCCAGUCAGGACAGCAAGGAAGCAGGGAACACAGCUCUGACAGCAGAAAGUGGCUUAGCUCCGUGCCAGCCCGAACCCACUGAUUGUCUGGAAUUCUGGCUCCAGAAGUUCAAGACCUAUAGACAGCUGGGCCGUGGGGCAGAGUCUGGCUUUGGGAGUUUGCUUUCAUGGCCUGGUAAGCCAAUAAACACCAAGAACCUCAGCUUUUGUAUCUGAUGUCAGUGAAGGCCCCAUUUUCACCACUCUAUGUGACUUCCUACUGCAGCUACCCCUGUCUCCCUACUCAAGACUUGGGAGCCCUACAGUAGCGGACUUAAGCCGAGUACUCCAGAAAGCCUCGGCCUCUGAGAGCAGCUGACCUCUGCAAGGGCAGAAACCCCCAGGGCUGGACAAGCAACCACAGUAUGAGAUAGGAAGCCAGAAACGAGGACAAAUGUCUGACAAGUUUAAAACAUGUAUUUAAAAUACAAUUUAUAAAAUGCUUAAUCUGCCGACUCAGGAGCCCACGGUGGGGGUUAGGGUGGGGAGCUGCCUGCUACACCAGCAGAGCGAGACUGCAGGGUGCGGCCCUCCCUCCCAGUCCCUUCUGUGCAGAUGCCCAAGGGUCCCCCCUAGGGUCAUAUGACCAGAGCAGGACCCCAGAGGUUUUCUUGAGUCUCUGCUCACCAGGGAGACUGGAUGCAGCCCUGCCAGCCCAUCCCUGAGCAGAGCACCCCCAGAUGGGGCAGAGCAGGGUAUGGCAGGGCAGGACAGGGCUGGGUGGGACAGGUGGGCUCUGGAAGGGGCUGAUGGCAGCAGAUAGGGUGUUGCCUCCUGCCUGCAGGUGGGGAGCACCCUGAUUGAGGGGACUGAGAAGGGCUGGUCACCAGACCUGGACCCCAGCUCCUUUGGUUAUAGGCUGACAUCAGAGUAGUGGCUCAUGGGAAGCGGUUAGCUGGAAGGGCUGAGGCCUGGCUCAUGGGUUCCAGGAAGAGCUGGGGGAAGGGACAGUACCAUGAAGACAGACAAAGGGGCAGCAGCCUCAGGUUCCUGCCCCUCAUCCCCCUGGGGAUUUCCAAGCCAAAGCCUGCAACUUAAGACAGGAAGAAAGAAAGAAAAGAAAAAAAGCACUUAUGGAGUUAUAAACAACUACAAAAAGGAAAAAAAAAAGGGAAAAAAAAAAC